GGGACACGUGUACUGAACGUGACGAGCCUGACUUAAUAAGUUUUAGAAUUAAAAAAAAAAGAAUCAAUUUAGAAUGUAAUAAAACAAAUGGACAAAAGUAUAAAGUUGUUGUUGGUGGUUGUUUUUUUUUUUUUUUUUUAUCAUAUAUAUCAUAUAGUUCACUGUCACCAAAGUGUGCCUGUUCUUUUUUGGUUCUUCAACCACUAGGGGGAAACAUUUUGCUAUGCAACCACUGAACAUUUAAUCUACCCUUUAUCAUUGACACGUGUGUGCCACAGUUGUUUGCACUGCACGUUGACUGGGGUGCGAUCUGAACUAUAUGAUGUGGACCAGAUUAACACUGCUGGAACCGUUGUAACCGUUUUAAUUGGAACCACAGUAGAACAAUGUUCCUGCUUUGAAACAGAGGUAAACAUUUGCACUGAGAUUUAGCUGAAAGAAAGAAAGAAAGAAAGAAAUAGAAAAUACAAACACGGGGUCGCCUCACUGCAUAUGGACGGACCAAAUUCACUUCCCAGUUGUUCAUCCAGACUGACUGAUAAAUGGGCAAUUUAUGCAGGCUGCACCCUGGCCAGGCAAAGUUGAUGCUCCCCGGAGGAGAAAAGCAGCUACGUUUCAGACAAUAGGAAUGAACUCAGGGACGACUCAAGGUUGAUUUAGAUCCUGGGCAACAUUGAAUUAUACGAGGAACUAGGCCACUGUGAUCCUGCCGUUAAUGUUGACACACAGCUUCCUCUCAACAUCACUCCAACAGGGUCGCUGUGUCACCACGGAGCCUGGUGCGUCACUGAGAUCUGUUCAAGUGAGAAUAAAAAUGCAAAUGCCAGGAGAAACAGUGAAAUAUGAAGUAAAAUAAAUGCCGGUCCGUGUCUUUUCUAUAAUAAGAUGUGAGGCUAAUGUAAAGAGACUAUUGUCGGCAAAGGUACAUUGGCCAUUUUCAAAACAUUUCACUGGUGCCCGAGGUCACUCAGUACUGUCAGAAGACAAACAUAACAAACAACAACAACACAAAGCAAUUUGCUCCAACACAGAUACAUUUCUUUUACUUUUUGCGACUGCUGACACACUGCGUGAAGUUAAGACACGGGGCAGACUUUUAGACCCAGUCUAACGUGCUCGAAAUCAGAAAGCAUCCGUACACAAAACCGCACACCUCUGUUUCUUUCAGUCCCUUUAAAGGUUACAUUUUAUUUACACAGUUAAAGAUAAACAAACACAAUGGCAGAAGAGAGGAUUGAAUUAGACUCACACCACAGCAGUGGAAAUCCUGCUGUGCAUGUAGCCACCGUACUCCUAAUUAGCUUCUGCUGAGUAGUUUUAAUUGCAUGUCUCCUUACUAAAAUGAAACAAAUCAGCUGGAUGUUAACAUUCUUUAGUGCACAAUUGUUGCUUCAUGAAUGUUCACCUGGCUUAGCUGUAAGGUUGAGCUGUCCAUGUUGCAUUGUAUUUGCAAUUAUAUUUUGAGCACCGUAAGCGGCAACAAGCAAGGUCAAACACCGUUCCUUUGUUAACAGCUGUACUCGCAUACGGCAAAAACUCGCUCAGUGACGAACAGAAAAUGUUUGUUUAUUUUUGUCAAUGACAGUCCUUGGUGCCCUCAGACAACAGCUGUGUGGUGGAAAUGGCCAGAUUUCUGCUUUGAUGUUGAUACACAGCCGUCUCUCACACAACUAGAACAGGGUACUUGCAUCACCAAAGAGGCCGGUGCGUCACUGAGAUCUGGUCAAGAGAGAAUAAAAAUGCAAAUGCCACAAAUGUUGUUGCGAUAGUGAGUGGAAUAAAUGUCAGUCCGUGUAUUUUCAAGAUGAGAUACGGCUUGGAUGUGAAUAGGUUGUUGACUGUAAAUGUAAAAAAAAAAACAGAGAUGGCCGCUUAAAGCUGUGAUAUUUGAGCAAAAUAAGUCCUUAUAUAUAUAUAUAUAUAUAUAUAUAAAAGUGGGAAAUAAGCAAAUCUGUGGAGAUUAUUCUGAAAAUACAGGCAGUCUAUUGAAACAAGUGGAAAUGAGAUACUACUACAGGGAACAGGUGCUGUUUUUAUUAUUGAUAAGAAUCUGCUUUCCUCUAUUUUCCCGAAUAUCCAGAGUGAUACCGGGAGCACUAGUAGCUGAGGCGAAAAUUCCCAGUUAUAUUUUGAACACUUUCAAGCUUUAAUAUUACAUGUUUGCUCACACCAAAUAGCUUGUGUGAUCCACGUCUGCCCCAGAAUGACCACUUGUCAGAUCCCUAGAGCUUUUACUACAUCCCAGCCCAACACGUUUCAUCGAUCUAUACGCAUUCCCUGGUUCACAUCCAAAAGCAUUAGGAACAACAUCCUCCUGCACGUUUUCUCUGUGAUGCUGUUGCUGCUGCUGCUGCUGCUGUUGCUACUGCUGCUGCUGCUCGGUGCGCACACAUCAGUAAGUGAAUCACGUAGCACUAGAACAGCCCUUCUUCAUGCGAUCUUGCCAGACCUAUUGGAGAACCCCCCCUAAGGCAAGAUCUGUCACUGUUCACUCAUUUGCUGGAAGAGGAUCAGAAACUAUGUUAAAUGCAGCCAGGAAUCCGCUGGAGUCUGUUAUAAAAGCGUCGAGAGCUUUCCGCCGGGAUACGACUGUGGAGGGAGCAGGUUUCAACAGUUGACGCGGAGAGAACUGAGCGCAAGAGAAAAAGCGAUUAAUUUUGAUUAUCGGAGAUCUUCCAGCAUCCUUUUCGCCUUUUUGCUUUCUCUCCCCCGGCUACAAACGCAGGGGCAGCGCAGACGAGCAUUGUCCGAAUGAAGGAUGCGAGAGCUCCGCUUCCAAUUGGACUGGAUUAUGGGAUUAUUGGACAGAUCAUAGGGACAAUCGUCGGGCAAAAAAAAAAAGUCGCAUCCGUGAUAGAGAUGCUCUUGAAUGACACGAGGAGGAGACAAAAGGUUGGAGAGGACUGAGAGCUCCGUGUAUCCUGCUUUUAUCCCACUUUGUGGUACGGACAGGCUGCAAACGCUGCCAGAGCAGAGCCCAUAUGCAACAGUGUGCCGCACAGGAGAAAAAGUAAAUGCAUUGUGAAUCCAUUGUAACAUCGGGCAAUGCUGCAUUUUGAACGGGCAUGUCUCAGUGUUUCGCUGUAGCCUAGGUGUAGAUGUCGCAUGAGGGCAAUGCGCUUUUGUAAGCCAGCGUCUAACCUUCAGCACGGAGAGAUCCAAACGCUUUAACCUUGGAAGCAGUGGGGGAAUAUUAAUACUUUAUAGUCAUCGAUUAUUCAUCAUGUCCCCCCCGCUCCCCAUGAGGGAAAACAAAGCAUUUCUCUUGCACUAUGUAGAAUUUGAUGUUUAAUUCAUGUGUGAUGUGUCGUCGGGCGGUCAUCUUUGUUUACAGAAAGAGUUCAUCAUAGAAGAAAGGCAUGUGGAAGAGGUUCAUAUGCUGAUUUGAACGAGAUAGCGAUUAGGAAAUCGAUUAGGAAUCCAAUUAGUGCGAGAACCGCGUCAAACACAUGCCUGGUUUGGGUUCAGUCCUCCAGGGUUUGCCGUAAUCAACAGGUUGAAAGUCAACCAGGAUUUUUUUCCCUUCUUCUUCCCCUUCUUCUGUCUGCUUCUACUGCAUAUCCAGCUGAAGGGAUGCGUCUCUCUGUUCCUAUUUUCCUCCUUCUCUGGGUUAAAGCCCUGACAUUGAAAAACCUGAAUUAUUCUGUCCCGGAGGAGCAAGGACCUGGUACCGUUAUAGGUAAUAUAGCAAAAGAUGCUGGCUAUGGGACCAUAGAGAGGGGGAAAAAAUCUAACUUCAGAGUGCUGGAAAAUUCUGCACCGCAUCUGGUGGACGUUGACCCGGAGAGUGGACUAAUAUUCACCAAACAAAGGAUUGACAGGGAAACGUUAUGCAGGCGGAACCCAAAGUGCCAGCUCUCCAUGGAGGUGUUUGCAAAUGACAAGGAGAUAUGCAUGAUCAAGAUUGAUAUACUGGACAUAAAUGACAACUCGCCCAGUUUUCCUUCAGACCAUGUUAAUAUUGAUAUUUCAGAAAAUGCAGCUGCCGGCACACGCUUCCCUCUGACAAUUGCACAUGACUCAGAUACGGGGGAGAAUGGGAUAAAGACCUAUCAGGUCACAAGAGAUGAUUAUAAUACCUUUUCUUUGGAUUUAAAAGUGAGAGGUGAUGGGACUAUAUAUCCAGAGCUGGUGGUUCAGAGACCUCUGGACAGAGAGGAUCAGAGCCAUCACACCCUUCUUCUUACAGCAAUUGAUGGAGGGGAGUAUCCAAGAUCCGGCUCAAUGCAGAUCAACGUCAGAGUGAUUGACUCCAAUGACAAUAGCCCCAUUUUUGAAAAAUCCUCCUAUGUGCUAGAGAUUCCAGAGAAUUCAGCACCUGGGAAAGUGCUCAUAGAUUUGAAUGCCACUGACCAGGACGAGGGCAGCAACGGGCAAGUGGUUUAUUCUUUCACUGGAUAUGCAUCUGAACGAAUACAAGAUUUGUUCUCCAUCGACCCUAACACCGGUGUCAUCAAAGUCCAAGGAGAAAUCGACUAUGAAGAAAAUCCAAUCAUAGAGUUUGACGUGCAGGCUAAAGAUAUGGGGCCAAACCCGAUUCCAGGCCACUGUAAAAUUUCUGUCAAAGUUCUUGAUAAAAAUGACAACUCGCCAAUUAUAAGUUUCGUAUCUGUCCGACAAGGAGCCAUCAGUGAGGCAGCACCUCCAGAAUCUGUCAUAGCCCUGGUCAGAGUGACGGAUAAGGACUCGGGCAGGAACGGUCAGCUUCAAUGUCGGGUGCUGGGAAAUGUCCCCUUCAGACUGCAGGAAAACAAUGAUAAUUUUUACACCCUCCUCACAGACAGACCCCUGGACAGGGAAAUGAAAGAUGAAUACAAUGUAACAAUAGUGGCCAGAGAUAAUGGAAUCCCAUCUUUGAACUACACCAAGUCAUUCACCGUGAAAAUCUUGGAUGAGAAUGACAACGCACCUCGCUUCACAAAGACUAUUUAUGUGCUACAGGUGCCAGAGAACAACAUUCCGGGGGAGUAUUUGGGCUCCGUUCUGGCCCAUGACCCAGAUGUAGGUCGAAAUGGAACGGUGUCCUACUCCAUUCUACCAUCCCACAUAGGAGACGUUUCGGUCUACACCUAUGUGUCUGUUAAUCCCACAAACGGAGCCAUAUAUGCCUCACGCUCUUUCAAUUUUGAGCAAACCAAAUCCUUUGAGUUCAAAGUCCAGGCUAAAGACGGAGGAUCUCCUCACAUGGAGAGCACGUGUAUUGUCAGGGUCAACGUCCUCGAUGUCAAUGACAAUCUGCCAGUUAUCAUUUUACCACUUUUGCAGAAUGAUACAGCUGAAAUCACAGUGCCUAGAAACGUGGGUAUUGGAUACAUAGUGACAACAGUCAAAGCCGUGGACCAUGACCACGGAGAAAGUGGCCAUUUGACCUACGAAAUCACAGAGGGAAACGACGACCACCUGUUUGAAAUGGAUCCAGUGGGAGGAGAAGUGAGAACUGCACACGCGCUCUGGGAAGAGGUCGCUCCUGUGGUUGAGCUGGUGGUGAAGGUAACUGACCAUGGCAAGCCCCCUUUAUCUGCUGUGGCUAAGCUGAUCAUUAAGGUGAACACAGACGCGGCACCAGGAGGCGGCUCAAGCACGAGUGGGGAACAGCAGCACUGGGAUGUUUCCCUGCCCCUUAUAGUUACCCUGUGCAUUAUCUCUGUCAUGCUCUUAGCAGUCAUGACUGCCAUUGCUGUCAAGUCCAAGCAUCAAGAUAAGGAAACUGGGAAUUAUAACUGCGGCAUGGCUGAGUACUCCAAUCCUCCAGUGGGGAAGGGCAAAAAGAAAAGGAUCAACAAGAGUGACAUCAUGCUGGUGCAGAGUGAGAUGGAAGAGAGAGAUUCUGCGAGUCGGAUGAACGUGGUGAGCAGCCCCUCUCUCAUCACCUCGCCAAUAUGUUUUGACUACCAGAGCCCCCUGCCACUCACGCUGCCCAGGUCGGAGGUCAUGUACCUAAAAACCACCCCCAACAGCCUCACAGUCCCCAGGGCGGGCUGCCACUCCAGCUUCGCCGGGCUCAGCACAGACGCACCAGCCAACAGGAUGUCAGUGAUACAGACAGAAAAUUUCCCCUCAGAGUCCAAUUACGCAGGCAGCAGGCAACCAUUUGUCCAGAGCUCAACAUUUAAGGAUGCAGAACGAGCAAGCCUCCGAGACAGUGGCCAUGGUGAUAGUGACCAGGCUGAUAGUGACCAGGAUACUAAUAAAGGCUCACACUGCGACACGUCUGCCAGAGAGGCCCUCAAGAUGAAAGCAACAGCAGUUAAUGGCCAGCCUUUUGAGCAGGAGCAAGACAAAUCAGUCCACUGCACCGAUGAAUGUCGUGCACUGGGACACUCUGACAGAUGCUGGAUGCCAAAGUUACGGGUAGGAAGCCAAGCAGACAGCGCUGAUAAUCGCACCAACCUUUUCAUCCCUGUGGGAAUGGAUGCCAUGGUUGAGACAGAGAUUUAUGGCACCAUCAGCAACAGAAAAACCCUCAGCACGUUUGGAAAGGAGCAGCGAGACAGUACAAUCCUUGUGGCCAAUGUCAAACCUUACUUCAAAUCGCAGCAUGCACUGAGCCCGCCACUGCAGGAGAGUCCAUCUGCAUCCAGCAGUCCCACCAAGAGUGGCGUGCCCCCGGACUUAGCCAACCAAGGGUGCAAAGAAGAGAGGGAGGGGGUUUCAGACAGCAGUGCCUACGGCCCUCCAGAUGGCCAAUGCUCCCCGCUGCACACUGAAUUGGAGGAGCCGUCCUACCUGACCUGUGAGCUGAAGCCUAAGCCCAUUGCGAGCGGUCUCAUUCACAGCUCUGUCAUCAGCCAGGAGUGUGGGGGGUCGGAUUAUCCACUCGACCCGCGGGACUCUGGUAACUGACAGGUCAGAUGAUUUUGCGUACUCUCACCUGCCAGGGUGUGCUGAUGAUAACACAGUAUAAUGACCAAGAGUUGUUUGUUUUUUCUGAGCCACACAGGCAUCCAGACACACAUUGUAUAACCAAAAACCAUCUGCUGUGUACGUUUUUUCUUUUUUUUUUUUUUUUGGGUUUUCUUCUCGAGUUUGUGACUCGUUGUGUUGCGGUGAAAUCUGUGUCCUUGACUGCUGUGAAGGUUUUGGGAGAAAAUCAGUGCUUACCUGACUUCAAGUGUUUUCAUGGUGUUCCGUAUGUGUCAGUUUAGAUGUCUGUAUUUUACACAUUUCCAGCUCCGAUUUCGUGAGGCUAUUGAACAAAUUGCUACUGUUAAGGUAUUGAGUCCUGUCCGCUUUUGUACAGUGAAGCUUUCUGUCCCUGUUUAAUGUAUAAGGAAACAUCUCUUUGAAUAUCACAGGCAAAACUGAAACACAUAUCAGUGAUGUUACAUACAAAAAGGUGAAAAAAGUGUCUUAUGAACUGUUAAUGGUGGUGCAACAGGGAUUGUCCCUUUUCAUAAAAAACCAUUUAAGGUUCCUGUAAAAAACGAUUUUUUUAAAGAAUGUAUUUGUAAUUUUAUCGUCGUCCUCUCUGCGAUUUAUGUGAAAAUAAGCCAAGCUUACACGUGAAUGUGGGCUACUGUACUUGUUGUGUAUUUUAUUAAAUUUCUAUACACUGUGCACAUGGAUGGCAAUUAUUUUGACUGACGGCGGCUUGUGCAGGUGUGUUUUUUUGUAAGCAAUGCGCAUUAUGUCGGCUCGUGCUUGAAAGUGUUACCAGUAAAAAAAAAACACUCCUCAGAGACAGUUUAGCUUUAAACUGUAUACCAGAACAUGUUCCCUAAUGAGAUUCCAGUUGGAGAAAAUCAGACUUUAACAGCUAUUCAUUUUUUAAGAACUGUAUUAGUGCACUC